UCUAAGAUCGUGCACUGAAGGAGCGAGGGGGCAAGGGGUGCCUUCCUGAGUAUUUGAGAGCAACUUUUUGGGAAGAAACUUGGAACAAACAAGAGGCACGCUAAAUAAACUGCACCACCAACCAGGGAACUGUGGAUACCUUUGAGAAACUUUCAAAGAAGUUAUGUCAACUUCAGAUGAAUCAGAUGGGCUUCGGCCACGUUAUGGGUCGGUCCUGGAUGGCGAGAACAGGCUCACGGCGGAGGAGAUGGAUGAGCGGCGGCAGCAGAACAUGGCCUAUGAAUACCUGUGCCAUCUGGAGGAGGCCAAGCGGUGGAUGGAGGCCUGUCUGGACGAGGAGCUGCCGCCCACCACAGAGCUGGAGGAGGGCCUGCGCAACGGGGUCUACCUGGCCAAGCUGGGCAACUUCUUCGCCCCACAGACCGUCUCCCUAAAGAAGAUCUACGACCGCGAGCAGACGCGCUACAAGGCCACCGGGCUCCACUUUAGGCACACAGAUAAUGUCAUCCAGUGGCUCAAUGCCAUGAGUGCCAAGGGACUGCCAAAGAUUUUCUACCCUGAGACGACAGACAUUUAUGACAGGAAGAAUAUGCCUCGCUGCAUCUACUGCAUUCAUGCACUCAGUCUGUACCUGUUUAAGCUGGGCCUGGCGCCACAGAUCCAGGACCUGUAUGGGAAAGUGGACUUCACAGAGGAGGAGAUCAACAACAUGAAGAGUGAGCUGGAGAAGUACGGUAUCCAGAUGCCCGCCUUCAGCAAGAUUGGCGGCAUCCUGGCCAAUGAGCUCUCAGUGGACGAAGCUGCACUGCACGCGGCCGUCAUCGCCAUCAACGAUGCCAUUGACCACGGUGUGCCGGAGGGCACGAUGGGUGCCAUGCGCAACCCCAACGCCAUGCUGAACAACCUGGACGAGGCGGCCGCCCAGCACUACCAGGACACGCUCUCACAGGCCAAGGCCCUCAAGGUGGAGAACGCUCGCAAGCGGGUGAGUGGAGUACCGAUUGGGGAGAAUGCAGAUGCAGAGAGGGACGUGUAUGAGGAGCUUCUUACUCAGGCUGAGAUCCAAGGCAACGUCAACAAAGUCAAUCAGGAGAAGGCCCUGGGUGCAGCGGAGGAUGCCCUGCUGAAUGGAGACGAGGACAGGCUGUAUGAAGCCCUGCGCGCCCAGGCCCUGGGACUCAAGAACCUCAACGGGAACAACAAGGGCUGGUACCUCAAAGAGCUGAUGGCUGCACGGGAGCUCAAGGAACAGAAUUCCCCAGGAGAGGCCCUGACAAAGGACGAGCUGCAGAAUGGAGUGGAUGUGGCCAACGAGGUUGCGACCGCGUACCAAAAAAUGCUGGAGGCUGUGGACAGGAUCAAUGGUGCGAUCAGGAAGGGGGUGGCAGAGGAGACGGUGAAGGAGCUGAUGAAUCCUGAUGCCCAGUUGCCACAGGUCUACCCCAACGCUGCAGACCUCUACCAGAGAGAGCUGGCCAGCCUCCAGCAGCAGAGCCCUGAGGGCUCUCUGACCCACCCGGAGCUGCUGGUUGCCGUGGAGAUGCUGUCGUCUGUGGUGCUGAUCAACGAGGCUCUGGAGGUGGGCGACCGCCAAGGCCUCUGGAAGAUGCUCUCCAGCACCGUCACCGGACUCAGCAACGUGGAGGAUGAGUACGCACAGAGGUACAUGGAUGAGCUGAUGCGUCUGAAGGCGGCUGCUCGUGAGGAGGGCAACGACUUCCUGACGUGGAACGACAUCCAGGCGUGUGUGGACCAGGUCAACGGGGCCGUGCAGGAGGAGCACGAGAGGAUCGCUGCGAUUGGCCAGAUCAAUGAGGCGCUGGACGGAGGUGAUCUGGAUAGCACCCUGGCGGCCCUGCUGCACCCCUCAGCCAAGCUGACGGACGUGGACCCCUCCCUGGCACAGCACUACUACGACCUGCUGCUGCAGGCCCGCAGGGAGAAGGCACAUGAGACACAGGACCCCUCUGCAGUGCUGUGGUUGGACGAGAUCCAGGACGCCAUACUGAGAGCCAAUCAGGAGACCCAGGAGGCUCUGCAGUUCUCCAAGGCCAUCCAGGCCAUCAAUGAGGCGGUGGACAGUGGAGACUCGGCUCAGACUUUAGGCGCCCUCAGGUCACCUGCAGCCGGGCUGUACGGGGUCACGUCCGAGUGCGCCCCCACCUACCAGGAGGACCUGACCAAGAUCAAGGCGGACAAGAAGAAGGAUGGUGAAAAUGGCAGUGACUGGGUGCAGCACUGGGUGAAGGGGGGACAUAACUACUACUACAACCUCCAGAGUGGUCAGGGCAGCUGGCAGCAGCCAGAGGGCUUCGUCCAGAACGACUCCCUCCUCAACAAGGACGACAUCCAGGGUGUGGUGUCAGGGGUGACCGCAGCAUAUAACCGUGAGCAGUUGUGGCGUGCCAAUGAGAGCCUGAUCACCAAGCUUCAGGCCCGUUGUCGUGGCUACCUGGUCAGACAGGGGCUGAAGAAACGCUUGGGCUACCUGAAGGAGCAGGAUCCCGCCAUCAAGUGCAUCCAGGCUCACUGGAGAGGCCACAAGCAGAGACAGAACUACAAGAACAGAGUGAAGUAUCUCAAGGACAACAGUGAUCAAGCUGUUAAGAUUCAAGCGAUGGUCAGGAUGCAUCAAGCUCGUAAGAAGUACAAAGACCGGCUGAAGUACUUCAAGGACCAUCUGGCCGACAUUGUGAAAAUCCAGGCCUUCAUUCGAGCCAAUAAAGCCAGGGAUGAUUACAAGACGCUCAUCAACGCUGACGAGCCGCCCAUGGGCGUGGUGCGCAAGUUCGUGCACCUGCUGGACCACAGCGACCAGGACUUCCAGGAGGAGCUGGAGCUGAUGCGCCUGCGUGAGGAGGUGGUCACCAACAUCCGCUCCAACCAGCAGCUGGAGAACGACCUCAACCUCAUGGACAUCAAGAUCGGCCUGCUGGUCAAAAACAAGAUCACGCUGCAGGAGGUGGUCUCGCACAGCAAGAAGCUGACCAAGAAGAACAAGGGAGAGCUCUCCAACAUGAUGAUGAUGAACAAGCACAAGGGCGGCCUCAAGGCGCUCAGCAAGGAGAAGAGGAUCAAGCUGGAGGCCUACCAGUACCUCUUCUACCUGCUGCAGACAAACCCCGUCUACCUGGCCAAGCUGAUCUUCCAGAUGCCCCAGAACAAGUCCACCAAGUUCAUGGACACUGUGAUCUUCACCCUGUACAACUACGCCUCCAACCAGCGUGAGGAGUACCUCCUGCUCAAGCUCUUCAAGACCGCCCUUCAGGAAGAGAUAAAGUCGAAGGUGGACCAGAUCCAGGAGAUCGUGACUGGCAACCCCACGGUCAUCAAGAUGGUGGUGAGCUUCAACCGAGGGGCGCGGGGCCAAAAUGCGCUCCGGCAGAUCCUGGCCCCUGUUGUCAAGGAGAUCAUGGACGACAAGGCCCUCAACAUCAAGACCGACCCCGUGGACAUCUACAAGAGCUGGGUCAACCAGAUGGAGUCGCAGACUGGAGAGGCUAGCAAGCUGCCGUACGACGUUACGCCGGAGCAGGCCAUGGGCCACGAGGAGGUGCGCACGCGCCUGGAGGCCUCCAUCAAGAACAUGAGGACCGUCACCGACAAGUUCCUCUCCGCCAUCGUCGUCUCUAUCGACAAGAUCCCGUAUGGGAUGCGCUUCAUCGCAAAGGUGUUGAAAGACACACUUAGUGAGAAGUUCCCUGACGCCAGUGAGGACGAGCUGUUAAAGAUCGUGGGCAACCUGCUGUAUUACCGCUACAUGAAUCCAGCCAUCGUCGCUCCUGACGCCUUUGACAUCAUCGAGAUGUCGGCAGGAAGUCAGCUGACCACGGACCAGAGGCGGAACCUGGGCUCCAUCGCCAAGAUGCUGCAGCACGCCGCCUCCAACAAGAUGUUCCUCGGGGACAACGCCCACCUCAACCCCAUCAAUGAGUACCUCAGCAGCUCCUACCAGAAGUUCAGACGUUUCUUCCAAGCGGCGUGUGACGUGCCCUCACUUGAAGAUCGCUUCAACAUUGAUCAGUACUCGGACCUGGUGACCCUCACGAAGCCAGUGAUCUACAUCUCCCUGGGGGAGGUCAUCAACACACACACGCUUUUGCUGGAACAUCAAGACGCCAUCGCUCCCGAGCACAACGACCCCAUCCACGAGCUGCUGGAGGACUUAGGCGAGGUGCCCACCAUUGAGGCCUUGAUAGGUGAAAACCCCCUCCCACCCAACGACCCCGCCAGGGAGCAGAUGGGCAAGACGGAGGUGUCGCUCACCCUCACCAACAAGUUUGACGUGCCCGCUCAGGCCAACGCUGAGAUGGACGCCAGGACUCUGUUAUUGAAUACCAAGCGGUUGAUAGUGGAUGUUAUCCGCUUCCAGCCUGGAGACACUCUGACAGAGAUCCUGGAGUCUUCGCCCUCCCCUGAACAGGAAGUGGAGUACCAGCGUGCGAUGCAGCGGCGGGCCAUCCGGGACGCCAAGACGCCGGAGAAGAUGAAGGCGGCCAAGCCGGUGGUGGACGACAGCCUGACGCUGCAGGGCAAGAAGGACAAGAUCAAGAGCAACCUGCAGCGGCUGGCCGAGCUGGGCAAGGUGCACCCCGAGAAGCGCUACCAGGACCUCAUCAACGACAUCGCCAAGGACAUCAGGAACCAGAGGAGGUAUCGGCAGAGGCGGAAGGCAGAGCUGGUGAAGCUGCAGCAGACUAACGCCGCCCUCAGCUCCAAGACCAACUUCUACAACGAGCAAAUAGACUACUACAACCGAUACAUCAAGACUUGCAUGGACAACCUGGCCACCAAAUCAAAGCCCAAGAAGGACAACAAGACCAAGAAGAGCAAGCAGGUUGCUCAGAAGUAUACCGCCGCACGACUACAUGAAAAGGGAGUCUUGAUUGAGAUUGACGAUUUGCAGACUAAUCAAUUCAAGAACGUCAUCUUUGAGAUCUCCCCAUCUGAGGUUGUGGGUGUAUUUGACGUGAAGGCCAAAUUAAUGGGUGUCCAUUUGGAGACGGUCAUGUUGGAAUACCAGGACCUUCUACAGCUCCAGUAUGAAGGUGUGGCGGUGAUGAAGCUUUUUGACAGAGCCACCAUCAAUGUUAACCUGCUCAUUUUCUUGCUUAACAAGAAGUUCUAUGGCAAAUAGAGACUGAAAGACACUUUAAGAAAUGAAUUAGAAAUAGAAUGAAAGUACUCCUACAUGUUAGGAUACAUCCAAAAAGUUAUAUAGUCCACUGCCCCUUACCAUUUUGUUUGCUGCACUACUACAAAAGGAUGCCUUAAAAUCACACGUGCCUUACUCACAGUGGAAAAUUCCUCUGAGCUCUCAAGUCAUGGCUGCAUACAGUUGAAAUUUGUAUUGUAUAUCCUUGGUUAUUAUUGUCCUGCAGUUGUGUUGAAUGUAGUCAAAAGGUAAAGAUGUAUUUUAUUAGUUUGUUAGGAAUUUGCUGCAGACAACACUUGCAUGAGCUUAGACUAUUAUGUAUGUCUAACGAGUUUGUUUACGGGAAAACACACUUCUUGGAAGAACGCCUGUUGGAGACAUCCAUGCCCAAUGACAAAUGCCCUUAUUGCUAAAAAAAUAUUAAGUGUUUUUUUUUUCUUCAAAUGUACACAGAGUAUAUGUUGCAUUCAUUGGAAAGCAGUCAUGCCCAUGACGUGUCUCCUAUUCCAUUUGAUUGUCCCUGAAACCUGGAAGAUUCUGUUGUAUUCCACACACCUGACAUUCCAUUAUUGACACGAGACUCAUAGGAAAAAGUAAUUUUUCCAUCACUCUUUUAUGCUGUCUGCGUUUUAUUUACGUCCUGCUAUUUCUUUUUUUGUCAGUUUGUCUUUUUGUUUGUUUAAUUUUAAAGGGGAAACAGUGAUGAAUAAGUAAUUUUAAGUUGAACACAAUUGAAGUUGUGCAAUGCUCACAUUGGCAGCAUUGAAUAUUGUUAUGUGCAAAAAAUAAAAAAAAAGUUUUGUAAAGACA